AUGUAAAACACUAGUUUUAGCUCACACAAAAUAUCGGUUAUAACAUUUUUUUUGGAUUUCGAGUCAGGCAAGAAUGUUUUUUGUAAAGCAAAGGACCUUGGCGAUAGGAGGAAUACGAAAUUUUCGUCUGGAUUUGCAGAAGCGAACGCUAUGCUGGUCUAAAGGACCUGACAAGACUUCGGCCUCAGUUCUCAACAGCCAUUUGCCCAAGAGCAACCAAACAGAGUUAAUUCCCGAGGAGCCACGGAAGCCGGAGAAGCUAAUGCAGAAUGUGGCUCCACGUCGCAAUGAACAAGAGCAGCGAAGGAUACGAAUAGUUGAACACCAGUCGCAUCUCAAAGAGCUGCUCCACCAAAGACCUGUGAACUCCGAGAUGGCCAUACAACGUGUGCCUUUUGUCAAACCGUCUGACGGUUCGGAAAAUCCCAUGAAAAGACGAUAUGAUAGUGCCGAAUCGCUCCUCGAACAGGUCUGUGAUCCCAAAGAAUUGGCCAAGGAGGUUAUUAAGUUGGCCAAGGAAUUGCGCAUGGAACGCCAGAAAAAUGAAAUUCUAAUGCAAAGUGUUUUGGAUCUAAAGGAAUCAAAAUUUUUGGAGAAACGCAAGAAAAAUCCUAAAUGCAGUUCUAAAUAAAAGGAAUCUCAUAUCUCAUAAUUCCUCUAAUCCUUUUAUAUUAAAUUUAAUUUGUGCAAACUUUUGCGUAAUCCCUCCCUAAUUUUGUAAGGAAAAUGUAGUUUAAAUAAAAACACAUUUUUAAAUUUGUAAGCAUAU